AUGUCCGCUUCCUUGAGCCGACGCAGCGGCCCAAGGUGCCAAGCCGCAGAAGAAAGUUUCCGUAACGAGGUUGAACAUCGGGGAGGCAGCAAAGAUGAUCAGCUGGCAACAAUACGUCAAGUGCCACAGACCGUCCCCCGUAAUAUGAGGCAGGAGAAAUGGGACGGCAAAAACGACGCAGGGCCUGACCUUGGCAAGGGUCGUUCACCACGCCUUAGGUUGACCGUUCUUUGCCCUUCUCUGCAGAUCACCAUCAGCAAACCGGGGCCACGGCGAAAGGAUAGUCCAUCCGCUCCCAUUUGGAAUCAAACCAAAUUUGGUUGUUGCGGCCCAUUCCUUAUUCGUGAAUCAAGCUGGUCAGUCAGUCCGCGCGCUCCGUGCUGCGACGUGCAACAGAAGCUUCGUGAUACCAUGACCCGUUUCCCUACUCGACCCGGACACGUCCAUUGGAAGAUGAUAUCAGUCGAGAAACGUCCCAUCGUAGCCUCUUGCAAAGGUUGCGAGUUGAACAGCAAACAGCACGACAAUCAAGGGCACAACCCGCCCUCCAAGCAGCGCAACGCAGCGCGGCCCUAAAUCAUCGGCCUCUUGUAAUUGAACCCCCCUCGGAAAGUGGCUCUCAUACUCCAAGCGCACAUCCCAACCUCAUGAGGAGCGUACAAUGUCACCAAGUCUUCCUCGAUGCCCUCAUUGCAAGCCCGUGCCCUUUCCUAAGGUACAAUCAACCGUGCACCCCCGCCCGUCCGUUCAUCUACCGCGAACCCCCUAAAAAUGAUGAGGCUGGGCACUUGCAAGAAACCGCUUCGUCAAUGUAGGUAAGUAAAUAACCCCCCCUCUAAGCCUCUAGUCAAAUAUUCCGUUGACCCAAACGCCAAUCCCGCCCGCUCUUGAAAACUCUUGCCCAAACCCAAAUGGCGAA